AUGUCGAGAGCUUGUCGCGUGCAAAAGACGUGCGGUCACGCGGGCCCUCCCCCUCCCCCUCCCCCACCCCGCGCGCCCUGCUCCCGUCGCCUCCGCCGGGCUGAGAUGACUGGCUCAAUUGAAGCUUACAUAUCUUCAGGAGCGGGGCCCAGUGAGAAGCGCUUGUCCGGCGGGACCGGGGGAGACGCAACAAUUUGUGUA